ACUCACUCCAUUCAUUCAUUCUUUUCCUGUCAAAUGUCAAGCUGUUGAACAGUGUGAUUUUUGUGUUCGAAACCGCUUCUUCAAGCUUCGGUUUUUCACGAGCACGUUUUGUAUACCAAGAUAUUAGUAAAUUAAUAAGUUGCGGUAGAUUUCCAUACGGAAUACAAUUAUGAACAUGGAAUUUCUUGAAUACAACGACGUAUCGGCUGAGAUAAAAGGAGCCAUGGUUCCUGGAAGAUUAAAAAUGACUGAUCAAAACAUAGUAUUUAAAAACAGUAAAACUGGCAAAGUUGAGCAAAUAUCUUCCAAUGAUAUUGAGAUGGUAAACUUCCAAAAGUUUAUUGGCUCUUGGGGUUUAAGAAUAUUUCUAAAGAAUGGCACACUGCACAGAUAUGGCGGCUUUAAAGAUGGGGAACAAGAGAAGGUGGCAAAGUUCUUCAAGACAAACUACAGUAAAGACAUGUUGGAGAAGGAACUGUCCCUGAAAGGCUGGAACUGGGGGACGGCCAAGUUCAACGGAGCAGUGCUCAGUUUCAAUGUAGGCUCAAACACGGCAUUCGAGAUCCCGUUGCACUAUGUGUCUCAGUGCAAUACAGGCAAGAAUGAAGUCACACUGGAGUUUCAUCAGAACGACGACACCCCAGUCUCACUAAUGGAGAUGCGUUUCCACAUACCCACAAGCGAGCUGGCAGGCGACAUGGAUGCUGUUGAAGCAUUCCACCAGCAAGUGAUGAACAAGGCCAGUGUCAUCUCUGUCUCUGGAGAUGCCAUCGCUAUAUUCAGAGAACUGCAAUGUCUUACGCCUCGUGGUCGCUACGACAUCAAAGUGUUCCAAACGUUCUUCCAACUCCAUGGUAAGACUUUCGACUACAAGAUACCGAUGUCGACGGUGCUGCGGUUGUUCCUCCUGCCUCACAAGGACACGCGGCAGAUGUUCUUCGUGGUGUCUUUGGAUCCGCCCAUCAAGCAGGGUCAGACGCGAUACCACUAUCUGGUGUUGCUGUUCGGCAUUGAAGAGGAGACUAGCUUGGAGCUACCAUUUACAGAAGAAGAAUUAAAAGAAAAAUACGAGGGUAAAAUUACAAAGGAGCUAUCAGGGCCGACUUAUGAAGUGCUGGCAAAAAUAAUGAAAGUCAUUAUCAACAGGAGAGUCACUGGACCUGGAGAUUUCUUAGGGCACCACAAGACGCCAGCGAUAGCGUGUUCGUACAAGGCGGCGGCGGGCUACUUAUACCCGCUGGAGAAGGGCUUCAUCUACGUGCACAAGCCGCCCGUGCACAUCCGCUUCGAGGAGAUCGCAUCCGUCAACUUCGCCAGAGGGGGGGCCUCUUCCACCAAAUCUUUUGAUUUCGAGAUAGAAUUAAAAUCAGGCAGUAUUCACACAUUCAGCAGUAUAGAGAAAGGGGAAUACGACAAACUCUUUGACUACAUCACCUCCAAAAAACUUCACGUCAAGAACACUGGCAAGAAUGACAAGGCGCUGUACGACGACGACUUCGGCGACUCGGACACCGAGAAGGAGCCGGACGCGUACCUCGAGCGAGUGAAGGCGGAGGCCAAGGAGCGCGACUCCAACGACAGCGACGGCUCCGACGAGAGCACCGACGAGGACUUCAACCCGGACAAGGCCAGGGAGAGUGACGUCGCGGAGGAGUACGACACGAACGCUUCGUCGUCGGGUGAAUCCGACGCAUCCGCAGCGUCCGACGACAGCAAGAAAGAGAAGGAGAAGAAGAAAGAUAAAAAACCAAAGAAGGCCAAGACUGUUCCGGAAGCGCCGCGCAAACGCAAGGAGAAGUCAAAGAAGCGUGAGAAAGACGUGAACGCGCCGAAGCGCCCCGCCACCGCCUUCAUGCUGUGGCUCAACGAGAACCGCAAGAAGAUCAUCGACGAGAACCCCGGCAUGAAGAUCACCGACGUCGCCAAGAAGGGCGGCGAGCAGUGGCGCGACCUCAAGGACAAGUCGGAAUGGGAGGAGAAAGCAAGCAAAGCAAAAGAAGAAUAUAACAUCGCAAUGAAGAAAUACAAAGAUAGCGGCGCUGCGGACGAGUUCAAACAAAAGAAGAAGCAAGCGGAGAAGGAAAGAAAGCAAGUGGAGAAGAAGGGGAAAGCGCCGGUGCCGAGCAAGAAAGCUAAGAACACAAGCGCAGGCACCGGCACCAAGUUCACCAGCAAGGAGUAUAUAGAGGAUGAUGACAGCUCAUCAGACUCCGACAAUGAUAAGAAGAAGAAAGACACCAAAGAUAGCAAAGAGUCAAAGAAGGAGAAAGCGAAGAGUUCAUCGUCAGAGGCGGAGGCGUCGUCCGGCUCCGGCGACGAGAGCGGCAGCGGCAGCGGGAGUGCCUGAUCUGCCCGCCACGAGGUCACAAUGCAGUUCCUAAUGCAAUGCACGCCUAAACUGUAAAAAUCAGUAGUAGAAACAUAAAACUAAUUUAAGUUAUACAUACACCUAGCUAGUAUUAUAAAGUGAGCUGUAAAAUUACGAACACAUUAAAACAGUUUUUUCUAUAAAAAAUUAAAUACAAAAAAAAUCAAAAGGAGAGACUUUUUUACAAGUGUUGGUAUCAGGGGGAUUAAUUUAUGAAUUAAUCUUUUUUCAAAUUAUAUCGUUGAUUUCGUAUAAAGCUUUCACAUUUCAUCAAGGGAAGAGUGGGCACUGAUCACGCAACAUUACUAUCGAGCUCUUUCCCCUCUAAGAAUUGAGGUUAGCGAUUUUGAGACUUAUUACCUUACCUUACCUUAUUAUAAUUAACUACCGAACGAUUUGAAACUGUGUUGAGAUCUUGUUAAACAAUUUUGUGUAUUUUGCUCGUUUUCAAUACAUUUUGAUAACAUAAAUCAUGAUUUCAGGAUAAGUGAGAUUUUCGGCGAAUAACGUAAUUAAAAGAAAAAGCUGUUUUAGGAAAAGCAAUAAUUUUCAGCAGAAUUUAUAUACAAAAAUUAAAAAUGCGUGUUCGUUACUAUGACUCAUAACUUUGUACGGUUGUUGAUGAAUAGGUGGCGAGCGGGUCGAUUGGCUUGUUGUGCGUUUGCGCAUAGUUCAUUGAACAAGUGAUUUAAGAUAUAAUAUAAUUACAAAUUUCAUUUAAAGAUUAUUAAACAUAAUUUUACUCAGUUUGUACAUAGGAAGGUCUGCUUUGUAUAUAAUAAACGCCUACUUCAAAAACGAAGGAAACUAGAAACGUUGUAACAUUCCUCAGCCAUGAGCUAAUGUGAAAUAAAAGCUCAAUAAUGGAAUUUUUUUCCAAUAUAAUAUAACUAUACUUUUUUGGCUCUCGCUCGUCACUUUAAAAUUCUAUUAAAAAACUGUAUAAUUACGAUAUGAUAGAUGUGCGGAUUGGUUAUUUUUGCUUUUGUAGUGUAUUUAACGGUGUCAUAAGAUUUUGAAAUAAUCUCGAUGUUUUGGCCGAUCGUGUAUAUAAAUAAUUUGGUAUACAUAUAUGUACAAAUUGUCGUAUAUAUCUAUGUUUUCAUGCACGUGUCGAAAAUUUCACAAUAACUUUAAUAUUAAUCUAUUUGAUCAUCUAUCAUCUGCUCUGUUUACACCCAGUUAAAUGUCAACCUAUUUUGUCUCUCGUAAUAUUGUAUGUAGCAAUAACUUUUUAUACCAAUGUAAUACUCACACAUAUAAAACGAAAUAAUAAUAAGUAUGUAUAUAACCUAAACAAAAUAUGCUGUUGAGGUCAUCCAAUAUUAUCUACUUACGAUUAGUACAACGAAAACCCCAAACCGAUUUUAUAAAAUGAUCAUGGGGGUGGAAGUGAAGUUAAAUCGUGUUACAAUUCUUAUAAUAUGGAAAAGCAACUUGGUUACAAUUCAUGUUUAAUCCUACACAUUGUUAAACAUCUUUAAUAAUGUUUAGGUUUUGCAUAUUAUAUGCAUAUCCUUGUUACAUUAUGUAGUUAUAUUGUAUACAUUGCAAUACUUCAAUUAUACAUCAACAGUUAAUAAAUUCGUAUAUUUAGAUUUUAUACAAUAAAUAACUGUUGAUGGUAAUCUUAGAUGUACAAAUAAUUCAAUGUUAACAGCUCACUGGUGACAACUGAAAUAAUAAGAUCCAGAGAAAAACUGAAAUAAUAAGAUCUAAGAAAUUCACCAAAUGUAUGCCCCAACUAUAUAGAUGUUUAUAGCAAGUAAUGGUUGUUUAUUAUAUCUCUAUGUGUCCUAUAUUGCAAUAAACUGCAGCAGGCAUUAACAAUAUGAAGGAAUAAUUCUGUCGUGAAAGUAAAGGUCAGCUGUGUCAUAACAAUCAUCAAUCAAUACAUGGCGGUGCCUGUAACGCGUUAUUCUAUGAACUAUAUUAUUCCGUCUUAUUGGAAUCGAUUUCUUGGUAACCACUUCGUCUAUUAGCCCUGAACAUUAAAAAAACUUACUAUUUAAAUCUAAUAGCAUUUUUAUAUUGAAGUGAUAAAUAUUAUAUAUUAUGUACCAAUAUUUCGACAGCCUAUAUUGCCCGGCGUGCGGUGAAAUGGCUAUAUUACAAGAGACGACAGUCCCCGUACCGACAUGUUUGAGUAAUCUGUAAAACUUAUAUAUAUAUUCUUAUAGGUAUUGUCCUUCGUAGUUACCGAUGCCCAUAACCCGAUGUAUCUUAGUGUGGCGUCAGAACUUUGUGUAUGUUAGUAUGUACAAAACAUAAUAUUAUUUAAAUGUCGUUCUUAUUGCUGUUAAAAUAAAUCAAUAUCUUGACUUCGUGUAUGUUAUUAUGAUACAAUUGUAAUAUAAAUAUGUCUUUACUGGUAACUUCUUGUUUACUCAAUAUUUGUGGUUCAUGUUGCCAUUUAAUAUUUACGUUUUACAUAAAUAUUAUAUUCAAUAUAUUAUUGUAGGGAAGUGUAUCGUAAAGUCUCAUUAUCACUAAAAUUUCGUGAUCUAAUCAAAUACACAGUAUAUGUUCGUGUGGAAAUAACACAAAUAUUCAAAGAUACUGUUUAAAAUAGGUUUUUAUUAAGAAAUUAGAAAAUAUAGAGAAAUUCGUGUACUUAAAAAUGAUACGCAAUAAUAUCUCCAUAUCAUGUGGUGACAUUGUUAGCUAAAAAAAUAAUAAAUGUGAUUAUUUCAUUCCUUUUCAUUCAAACAUUUUGUGAAUGUCUUGUGUUAUUGUUGAAGGUUUUUUUUAUGUAAAUAAAUAGUUAAUGUAUUUUAUGUGUAAGAGUCUGAGUCCCUGAGCAUGUUUCGUUAAAUAAUUAAUAUAGAUUCUUUUUCUAUC